GCUAAAUAUUCACCUUUUUUUUAAAAAAAAAGUAAAAGGAUGUUAGAAGGGAAAGCAGUGAUGGGUGAGACAGAUAUGAAGCAAACAAUGAAGGAAGAUGCUCUUAGUUUGGCUGCCAAAGCCCUUGAUUGCUUUGAUGUCACAGAACCUACUCAAAUCGCCCGUUUUAUCAAGAAGGAAUUUGAUAGAAAAUACGGAUUGGGGUGGCAGUGUAUUGCGGGGACGCAUUUCGGAUCGUUCCUGACUCAUUGUAGUGGCUGCUUCAUCCAUUUCUCCGUUGGCAACCUUACCAUUUUACUCUUUAAGGGAUCAGCUGGUGAAGUAGAGUCCGGACCAACAGUGUAGCCAGUUCAGACAAUAUUGUGGAAAAAAUCAAGUCUAUAUUUGGAUCUAUGUAGUGUUAAUUAAAAAGCAUUCUAGCAUUUUCACAGCCAUUUCAAUCGUUUCUCCAGUGUGUACUUAACAUUUUUUUGUUUGUUUUGGAGUCAGAAAGAAAAUAAAAUAAAAAAUGUUGCAACUAGUCUUUGCAUUGUGAUUUGGACGUUGUAAGUAUACCAUUUUAUAUCUGAUUGUGAUUAAGUAAAAGCAA